GACACUUGACGCAAAUUGGCCUCCAUUUUUGCCAGUUGAGCUCUAGCCUCCUUCACCACGACGACCGACGACGACCACCGAUUUCAUCCACACAAUCACCACCUCUAAUCACCAUUAACAGUUACCCUCUUCCCCUUAUACUUUCACACUUACAAUUCCCCCAAAUUUCUCAACUAUGCAUCCUUUCUCUCUCUAGGGUUUUCUAUUUCUAUCAAUCAAAUCCCCUCGCAUACAAAUUGAGUUCUGUACAAGAAUGGGUGCCUUGACGGGCCUCACGCAUAGGUGUGGGCCUAACACUUCUUUUACAAGUUUGUGUGUCUGCUGAUAUCAGCCAUGAUAAGUUGAAAAUCACUUACUCGGUUCAUAAAGAGACCCAUCUCUAUACAGUAACGUCCUUGAUAACAUCUUGGAUAUUGCAGGAGAUGUUUUGGUCCUUUUGGAUGCCAACCAUGGCAUGAGGCGUUCAAGACACAAUAGUGCUUUACAAGACAAUUGGCCUAUCAGAAAGGCACUCACGCUUUCCGAUGUCGACAUUACUCACCCGUUUCUCACUCUACCUCGCCAGCCCGUUGAGACUUGCAUCCUUGUGCAUUUGACACAAUCCGAGUGUGAACAUUUACUGAACCGAGAACAAGUACCCAUCAACGCUCAAGAUGACGAUACUGGUGACGUUUAUAUAAUGAAGUUAAAAUGGCGUGGGAGUUAUUACAAUCUUAUCGGCAAAUGGGGUAGAAUUGUUCGUAGCAAAGGACUUGACGUUGGAAAAGUGAUAAAAAUCCGUUGGUUUGACGGUUGUUUACACUUUUCAGUCCCGCAGCAAGAUAUUACUGUACCACCGUUACAAGUUAUUCCCGCACCUGCGGUGCAUGACCAGUGGCCUAUUAGGAAGGUUUUAACACUAUCUGAUGUCGACACUAAUCAUCCUUUCCUACCGUUGGCACGAAGAUCGGUUGAAGAUCAUAUCCUUGUUCACUGGACCCCGCAACAACGAGAGCUGCUUAGAAGUGAAGAGCAAGGGAAUUUGAAUGCACGCGAUGUCGAUACAGGGGAGAUAUAUGUGAUGAAGCUGAGGUGGCGUGGUAAUUACUACAACUUGAUAGGAAAAUGGGGGAAAAUUAUUCGGAGUAAGGGAUUAGGUGUCGGGAAAGAGAUCAAGAUUCGAUGGGCUAAUGGUUGUUUACACUUUUCGGUCCCAAAUGAGCAGGUAAUCGAGCCUGCAACAAUCCCAAUUAUACAACAACACCGACAACAACAACAACAACACCAACAACAGCAACACCACCACCACAACCAACAACACCAACACCAACAACAGCAACACUACCAAAAACAACAUGACGAAUGGCCGAUCAAAAAGGCGUUAACAUUGGAGGAGUCCAUACCAACAGUCCCUGAGGCUCGAAUAAGCGUACGGCCAGUAUGGAGAAAGGACCUUUUUGGACCCAUUUCCAAAACCAAACCAGUUGAAACCAUUAACCAUAUUUCAGAUUCUGUACCUAAGACUUUUGAAACUUCAAAUGAGAAGCCAACAUCGGAGGAGUCCAUACCAACAGUCCCUGAGGCUCCCACUCCGAAGAUGAUACCUAUGGACCCAAUUGAUCCACAUUUCUUACCUCCAAAUCUUGGAAUUUCAAACUUGGACUAUACCAGUCCUAACCCUAUUCAUGAUCCAUAUUAUUCAUUAACUAUAGAAUCCUUGAAUUCAACUUUUGCAAAGGGUCCUAAUAUGGAAGAUUUCGACUACCCACCAAAACCUUCAGUAUCCGUACCGCACACAGUGAACCAAGGAGAAAACUUUUAGAAAUAAAAUGAAGAAGAAACUCUUUUUGUUUUAUUUCAUUUCUCUAGUACAUAUUUAUCUCUUUAGUCCCUGCGUGGACAAGUUUAUUUGUUUAGGACUCGUUUAGGGCAAUUAUUGUAAUUUUGGGAUUUUCUAUGAAAAGUUUCCUUUUUGAAAUUUA